UGUGGCGAAGCAUACUUUUAGGCCAAGUCCUGUCCCUUCUACUGAGCUGUAAAUGCAUUUUGACUACAUUAUUGCAGAGUGCUACAUGGCAGUUUCCUAUUACAGGACAACUUGUUGUGCCGUAUAUGACACUGUUUGUUUUGUUUACUCCGAUGUUACUAUGUAAUGGAGUGAAAAAAUUAUUAAAGAGAUGGUGGAUAGUUGUCAUUGCAUGUACGCUGGAUGUAGAGGCUAGUUGGCUCCUGGUCAUGUCACAGCGAUUCACAUCAGUUUUGAGCUGACAGCUGCUCGCAUGUAGUGGUGUUGGUGCAGCACUGGUGGGCGGUGCAUGGCGGGGACAGCGACUUGGAGUGGCGCAUGUUGCUGGCGCCACAUUGGGCCUCAUGGCUGUUGUCUGUGUGGUAUGGGCUGAUGUAGAAGGUGCCCCAACAGAUGGUAAAAACCAGUUAGUUGGUGACAUGCUGUGUCUCGGAGGAUCCUUGCUGUUUGCAAUGGUUACUGUGCUACAAGAAAUGAUGCUCAAAACUCAUUCAUGCUCAGAUUACCUGGCUUUACUCGGUCUGAUCGGUAGUGUGGUGUCAUGUACCCAGACAUUCUUCUUAGAGUUCAGCGAGCUGGUGACAUUUAACUGGUAUGAGUUAGACACAAUCAUGCAGCUGGGCAGUUACUGCACAGUGCAGACAAUAUUCCAGAUACUACAGUGCUUUAUGCUCAGAGAUGCUGGAUCUAUUAUAUUGCAUCUGUCUUUCUUGUCAGCAGAUUACUAUACUCUCAUUGCUGGAAUGUACAUAUUUCAAUUUAAGUUCCAUGCGCUAUACUUCUUAUCGUACCUGCUGGCGAUGGUAGGCGUGUUUCUGUUCAGCGCAAGACCGUCUACCCCACCUCAGCCUUUACCGCAGCAGCCGGAGAGGUUGCCUCAACUUGUUAACGAUUCUGUGCAGUCUCAGGACAAUGUCUCCAUGGAGUACACAGUUCCAACACUGGACUGUAUACCCAUAGAAGGAUUAGAACCACCAAUGAGCAGAGAUACGACAUUCACAUCGUUCCUGGGGGGCCCCCAAAACAGUGUACCAAAUGGAACAAUUUCGUAUGGUCACUCAAACGGCACGCAGAACAUCAAGGACCCCUGUUAGUGAAGCAUAGUUUUAUUGUAGCUUGUACUUUAUUAUAGACUUGUUUAUAUAUAAGACUAACUAUACUCAGUUGCAGUAAAACUAACAUAAAAGGUAAAAAAGUUUGUAUUGUCAUUACAAAUAUGACAGUACCCUAUUACUUUAGCUUCGUUUGGUAUUUUUAUUAUUUAUAUUGAAUACAUUGAUAUUAUUUAUUCUAUAUUUAUGAUUUGUAUUCAUGGAUGAUUUUUUUUAUUGUGCAUCCAUACAUGAACAAAUGCAUUUUUUUUAAUACUAUAAUUAACUUCCACCUCCCCAUUUCUUAAUGAUAUACUUAAAAUACAUUUUAGAAAGUGAAAACAAAUAAAUACUGCUACCAAAUGUGGUUAUAUGUAUUGUUAAAGCUCUCAAAAAUCGACUAAAUGUGUUAUUAUUUCCAUUUAGUGAGUGUUUAUAUGAUAUUUUUGACGAUAAAAUAUUUGUUUGCCUUUUAUGUAAGUUCUAUUGGAACGGGCUUAGGUAACUAAACUCAAACAAUUAUUUGUGAAUUACCUGUGGUGCAUUAGGGUAUUUGAUUACUAUGAAAAUGUAAUGUGUUUAGCUAUUAUGAGAAAUUAUUUCGAGAUAGAAUUUUAUGUAAUCUGUUGGUCAAGUUAGUUGAAUAAUUUUGAAUGCAGAUUAUAUUGCAAUUACGGGUCUAUCGUUGUAUAGAUAUUAACAAUGUCUUUUUAAAGAUGUGAGUCGUUAGUAUAAUUAUUUAUUCUAAAAAAAGUUGUCAAAUACCCUAUACUGAUGUCAAUAAUCAUAAAAUACUGUUUACUGAUAAAUGAUCAAAAAAUUAUUGUUACUAUACAAGGCCUGUAGAAAGGGUAUACUAAACCGCUAGCGCUAACAUAUUACUAGUAACUAAUUCAUUGAUACCGUGUGAUAUUAUUUCUGAAAAAUAUUUUUAUUUUCAUAGGAAAAUAAACAUGUAUUAUUUAUUACAAAGAAUCGCCAACCCUAUUUGUUCGUAUCCAAUCAAAAACAGCCGACGUUCAUGAUUAGAAUGGUAAGUAGAGGGCGUAACCAAAUUACGUGUAACAUAUUUUCGUAUUAUUACAGCUGAUGUUAGGGCUGUGUCUUUUGUUAAUGUAUAUUUAUACAUCAAUUUGAACCCGCUUUUCUUAAAAAAAUACAUGGAUUCAAGGAAAGUUGUAGAACAAAAGAUAUUCUUUACUAUGGGUGGGUACUUUCAUAUCCUUGCGGUUUAGUUAUACCCUUUAAGACUAAUCCUGUAUAAUCAUAAAAUCACUAUUUAUACUGAUUUUUAUGAUCAUGUAGUCAUUGUUACCUAUUUAUAAUCGUUAAAUUUCCUCUCCGAUCGAUCCAACGUUCAAUUCAAAUGAGGAUUGGAAUUAUGGCGGCCUGAACUGAGUUUCGAACGCCCUAGCGCUGCCCCUAGACUAAAGUUGUAUCCGUCAGGUGGGAGUUGUCCUCAGCCGCUCCAUAAGUCCUCCCACGGGUCUUAGGUGCCAUAUGCACUCGCCCCCUAUCGUCCGGUGAAGCUGUAAAGGCCAGCUGCGACCAACUGCAUUCGAGUUGUCCGAAAAAAAGAUCGCUAAAUUGCUGUUACUCCUGAUGAUCAUAAAAUCAGUAUUUUAUUAACUCAUAAUAAAAAUUAAGAUAGCUACAAUUAAUAUAAUUGUACAGUAAGUAACAUUAGAUGCACUUCUGACACGAAUCAAUACUUUAUGAGUUUAAAGUGAAUGAAGAUACUAAUAAAAAUUUAUAAAAAAAUAUUAAUAUUGUAAAUGUUUUUAGUUGUAUAAGUUUUCUGAUUGUUAGCUAAACGAUAUUAAUAAAUAGGUUGUAUGAUUAUUUAAAUGGUUAUAAAAUGUGUUGAAAAAUACACACAAAUGUAUACACAUGUAAGCACACAUUAGAGAGUGUUUUAUCAUGUUUAGUGAUAAUAGUAAUACUAAUUGCUAGUCGUAAAUAGUAAUUUAUAUUCAUAUUACUUAGCGCACAAUUCACAUAAUACAUUGCAAUAAUUUUUUACCAUUAUAAACAAUUAAAUCAAUUGUUAAAAUAUAUCGGAUAUAGUUAUAGAGCCUAAUAAUAAUCAAUUAAACUGAUCAAUUUGUAACACUGGAUGCAUAAUCAAAGUUGUGCUUAUAUUGAGUGUAUUUCAGUAAUAAUAACUAAGUAAUUUACACAGCGCCAUAUAGUCCCAAGCAACAACUGAUAUAAAUACUUGAAUAUUUUUUUGUAAAUAAUAGUUCAACGAGGUGACAACCUCACACAAUAUAAUAAAUAUUAUAUAUAGUUUUUAAUUUGAGUUUGUUGUAGAUAUAAAUUGAUUACAAUUACAAUUGUAGCGCUGUAACCUCACCACUAUACACUAUAGUAAGUACAUAUACAGGUGUAAUAAUUGAAUUACAUUAGUAAGUUUAUUUGAUAAGAUACAUUCGAUGCGGUGUCGUAACGUAGAAUAACUUUAUAGUGAACUUGAAUCCAUGUUAUGUAGAGACGUAAACUAAUGUAAAGGUGCCAAGUGUUGACGGAAAUAUUACAAGUGUAGGCACACAAUCAAUAUGUAUCCCGUGUUAUAAUUGAUAAAUAGAUAUAAAACUAAAACUGCCACAUACUCGAAUUUUUACUCGGAAAAUUUUAACAGAAUACGGUUUAGCUACAUUUGUAUGGAAUUUUAAACUAGUUUCUAUGAGAGAAAUGUAUUGGAAUUGUUUAAGAAUUAGUAAAGUUACAUAUAAAAUAAAGACUUAGAACAUUUACCUAUAUAGCUUUGUAAAUUUAUAUAAGAUUAAUGUGUAAGCAAUUAUUUUGACCUGAAGGAAGAAAAACUAGUACUAGUGUUUAUAAUAAUAUAAAGAUAUUUCUUUAUGAUUAAAUAUACACACAGCAUUACUCAUUUGUCAUGUGUGUACAUUCAAACGAUAAUUUAGGAACGACAUUAAAAUCUAUACAUCAAGAAUAUAAAGAGUAGCAACAAUAUGCUUAAAGAUUAAUGUAUUGGUGGAAAUAUACCACCUGAGCGUGCAGCAAAUUCAUGCUUGCCUUUACCUAAAAACACUGAGUGAUUUAGAUAAAGAAAUGCAUGCAUAUAAUAUUAGAUUCUUACAUUUUCUAAACAGUAGAUAUUUAACUUUCUGUACAGGAAAGAUGUGAGAAAAAUUAUAUUUUUUCUCUUUGUUUGUUCGCCCUAACGCGACCUAAUUUCUGAAACGGCUUAAUCGAUUUGGGUGGUUUGUUUGUGGCGAUGGGUUAGU